AUGGCAGCAACAGCAGAGGUUAAAGCAUCCGCACCCGCGCCCAAGACGGCCAAGAGAGGAGCAGUUGACUUUGUCGCCGGUGGUGUCGCUGGGUUGUUUGAGGCGUUGUGCUGCCACCCCUUGGACACCAUCAAGGUUCGAAUGCAGUUGUACAAGAAAUCCGGCAAGAAGCCCCCGGGGUUCAUCCGUACCGGUAUGAACAUUGUCCAAAAGGAAGGAUUUCUUUCGCUUUAUAAAGGGUUGGGUGCAGUUGUCAUUGGUAUUGUGCCCAAAAUGGCCAUUAGGUUCUCGUCGUACGAGUUUUACAGAUCGUUCUUUUAUGACAAGGACGGUAAGAUCACCUCGGGGCAGACGUUUCUUGCUGGUGUUGGUGCCGGUAUAACCGAGUCGAUUAUGGUUGUCAACCCCAUGGAAGUGGUCAAGAUUAGAUUACAAGCGCAACACCACUCGAUGAAGGACCCCCUCGAUGUGCCCAAAUACAGAAAUGCUCCUCACGCUGCCUAUCUCAUUGUCAAAGAAGAAGGUUUCAAGACUCUCUAUCGUGGCGUCUCGUUAACUUGCGCUAGACAAGCUACCAACCAAGGUGUCAAUUUCACCGUUUACUCGAAGCUUAAGGAAUAUUUGCAAAAGAAGCAAAACACGGAAAUCUUGCCUGCUUGGCAAACAAGUGGUAUCGGGUUGAUCUCGGGUGCAUUGGGCCCCUUGUCGAAUGCUCCUUUGGACACCAUCAAGACAAGAUUGCAGAAGUCGAGCUAUGCUAGUAACGAGAGUGGUUGGGUGAGAAUUUUGAAGAUCGGGAAACAGUUGAUCAAGGAAGAAGGUGUCAAUGCCUUGUACAAGGGUAUCACGCCAAGAAUCAUGAGAGUUGCUCCCGGUCAAGCUGUCACCUUUACCGUUUACGAAUACGUGAAGGACUUGUUGACCAAGGAUACUAGCGGUGGCACUUCCUUGAGUGGUAACUCGGAUAAAAAGAAGUUGAACUAA